CUUCACUCUGCAACUGCAAGCCUAAGAAAGUGGAGGCAUUUCUGCCGAUCAGCCAGCAGCUCCGAUCCUCUGAUCAUGGAGGCAUUUCUGCCCUGCUUCGGUGUCGAGAUCAGGAGCAAGCGCGGCAUCGUCGACGGCGGGAGCCGCCACCACCAGGUGGCGCUCGACGAGAGGACGGUGCGCGAGUUCAAGGAGUGGAUCCGGCGGUUCGACACCGACGGCGACGGCCGGAUCAGCCGCGACGAGCUGCGCAACGCCCUGCGCGCCGUGGGCGCGCGGAACAGGUGGCUCAAGUGCAAGCUCGGGAUGAUCCACGCCGACGCGGACGGCGACGGCUACAUCGACGACGGCGAGAUGGACAGGCUCAUCGAGUACUGGGGGAGACGCCUCGGCCUUGGUAUCCGCGUCUUCUAGGCAUCUGGAUCGACUGCACAUAUGUCAUCUGACUCUCUUCCAUUUCUCUGGCCGGACCAUGUACAAUAGUAGGAUAUAAACCAGUUAUAAAUAUAUUUUAAAGAGAUAAAAGAUGAAAGAGAGCCAGCUGCAGUAUGAGCUUCAAAAUACAACGUGUAAACAUGUAUUAAUGUUUUAUAAAUAAUUAUUAUAUGAAUUAGUUAUUAAAUUGACUAUAUAUGAAUUGAAGUUGUAGUUAGCUAUACUAUUGAACUUGAUCUCUGAAGUGCGGCUAUAUGCAUACUGUAUAUAUCCUUGGAUAUGUCUCAUCAGUCCAUGGCCUACGUUGCUCUGGGACUUGGUAUGGGUGUACAGCCGUAUGGUGUACGGGUAACGGGUGUAGUAUAUGUUUUUUCUUUUUCUUUUUUCCUUUUUGAAGCCACGGGUGUAAUAUAUGUUGUGUGCCUUACGAAAAAAGUUAACCAAAAAAAAAUGGCUG